AUGGCGACGGGCUCGGGCACGCCUGGGCCUCCUCCCCCGCCACCAGGCCAGGCAACACAGAAAGUUAGCGACGUCAUAACCGCGUUCCGCCCGGCCAAAAAAUUCAAGCCGCCCAGCGCGCGCACCUCGGUGACGUCGCUCGACUUCGACGACACGGGCGACCUCUGUGUCGUGGCACGCGACGACGACACGCUGCAGAUCUACAACACCACCCUCGGAAAGCACGCCAAGGAGUUCAAUAGCCAGAAAUAUGGCGUGCACCUGGCGCGCUUCUCCCACCAUGCGCAGAACAUCAUCUACGCAAGCACAAAGGUCGACGACACGAUUCGCUUCUUCUCCACCCACGACAACUCCUUCACGCGCUACUUCAAGGGCCACACCGACACCGUGACCUCGAUUGCCCUCUGUCCGUCGUCCGACACCUUCAUAUCAUGCGCCAAGGACAACACAGUACGUCUGUGGGACCUGCAGUCGCAAAACUUCUCGGGCAUGCUCAAUUUGCACGGCGCAUACCUCGCCUGCUACGACCCCUCCGCCACUGUCAUCGCCAUUGCCUCGCAGCCCGGCGGCGCCAUCCUGCUCUACGAUGUCCGCAACUACGAUAAGAUUCCGUUUGCUACCUUUCACCUGAGCGAGAUGGAGCAGCGCCACUUGGGCCCCAAUGGCGGCGAAUGGUCCAAGCUGGAGUUCACCAACGACGGCAAGCACCUGGUCGUCAGUACUACAGGCGCUGGCCACUUUGUUCUGGACGCCUUCGACGGCGGCUUGAAGCACUUCGCCCACCGUAAGAGGGGGGGCACGGGACGACUUGGGCCAAGCGCGGGCGUGCCGAAGAACAAUGCGACGAAUGGGGUUGCUUCAGCCCUUGGCCAGGGCGACACGGCCGUGACGCCAGACGGGCAGUACCUGAUCGGCGGCAGCGCCGAAGACGGCCUCCUGGUGUGGGACAUCUCGCGGGACCCUCCAUCCGACAAGUAUACGCACGCCGAGCACCUCACCGGCCCCUGCAAAGCAGCCGUUGUCGGUUACAACCCCAAGUUCAACAUGCUGGCUACAGCAGACAAGGACCUGGUUCUGUGGCAGCCAGAUCCGGACAUUAUGAUGUAAGACGACGCGUUGUAUCGAAAUAGUGUUGUCAGAUGUUGUUAAAUGUGUUGCAUUUGUCAGAGUUAGAAGGCAAGAUGCUAACAUUGAUCUCAAGACCAGAUAGAGAACUAGCCAAGGCGCACGGGGUGGAUCUGGCCCACCGCGGCAAGCCCACGGAGGAGUAACGAAAAAGUCCAAGCCGAGACCCUCCAGCAUAUCACCAGCAUGGGAACAAGGACGCCGAUGAGUUC